CCCGGCACCUACAGUUCCUCGGACCCCAUUACUAUGCAAGAUGAUGGCAACUUGGUGUUAGUCAACACCAGCCAUCACCACACGGGUCUGUACUACUGCCUCCUACAGGCCAGAGAAGGAACCACACUCUGGCCAUACCAAAUUCAAAUCGGUCACAGCAAGCAAAUAAUCCAAGACCACAGGGGCCUUUUGGAGCGUUUCUUCAAACUGAUACACAGUGAACGUGCCGAACCACAAACAGACGACUAUUUAAAACUCUGUGAUUCUGACCACCGCGUCAUGCCUCAGGAGAGCAGACCCCGCAUGUUGAGGCUCAGGAGAGAUUCUGGCGGUCCAGGAUCCCAAGAAGAGAGGCAGCCGUACAUAUCGGACGCCCAGUUUGCUGGUGCUGUAGUUGGGUCUGUGAUUCUGACAUUCCUGCUGGGCUUCAGCGCUGGGGCUUUGAGUAGAGCUCAUGUUCUCAGAUGUUUAGGUGCAGUUACUGAGAGAGCACGAUCACUACGACAAUGGGUGAGCUCAACUGAUUCAACAGAUGACAACUGGGAGGUCACCAUGACAACCACGUAUGACAGCGAGGAACACGACCAUGUCAAUUCAGUGAUGGGCAACCUGAUGGAGACAACGGUGUCAUCGACGGCCUCAUCUCCUCCCCCCACCAAGCCUAAAAGAAGCUUCCGACACAAGCAGGAGUUGCAGCCAGAGACCGCCGAAGUCUACCUGGAGCGAUGUGACCCCGCGGAGGAGGAAGAGGAGAGAGGGGCAGAUAAGGAGAGAGAAACCAGCAGUGACAGUCUCUCUGGAGAGAAUGGCAGCAGUGAUGACCAACAGCUGUCCACAGGAACAGACAAGGAGAGAGAGGAGAACGAAGGAAGAACUGGACACAGCUGGGAGGAGAAUGGAGGAUUGAGAGAGGAGGAGGAGAAAGUGGAGGGGAUGAAGGUGGCUGGCAAGGCCAGCCAGCAGGGGAGAGAGGAGAGAAAGGUGGAGGAGGUAGGGGAAGACAGUGUAGAGCGAGAGGUGGAGGAGGUAGGGAGGAGACGUGAGGCGGCGGAAGAGCCGGAGGGUGAAAGCAGAUCUUCAGGAGAAGACAACAGAAGCAGAUCGUCUGCAGAUGCAGGCGAUGACGACGGGAGUGACGGAGGCGGCGGCAGCGAGGACAAACACGAGAGAGAAAACAGCAUUACAGGAAGUGACGAACAAGAAGAGGGGAGUUCUCCGAACUCCUCUUCAACACCGUGUCCAGCCCGGCGGAGCCGCGUGAUCCGGCUUUACCAGUACGACGAGGACGGGCAGCGAUACAGCCACCUGCCGAACCCGGCCCCGGACAAGUCAGCCCCCGCCCCCCGGCUAAAGCAGCGCUCCCUCUCCCUGACCCGCCUGAACGCCAUCAUUGCCGCCGCCUCGGCUGGGCCUCUGGACACCACCGGAAGAGAGGCGGAGGAGGAGAGAGACUCGCUGAGCUCCCCCACCUCACCAUCGGGGGCAGCAGUCUUCCAUUUGGAGAUAUAAGUCAUAAAUAUUUGGGGGGGGGGGGGGAUCCUGAAGCAGACCAAUCUGGAGUGUCAAUCAUGCAGUUUUUUGGUCCUCGAGGAGACGGGGUCUGGCCUCCCUCCCGUUGGGCCUCAUUCACCAACAGUGCAAACCCACAAAUCUGGGAUUCAUCCGUAUUUUCCUGAACACCUGAAUUUAAUCUUGCUCUGCAAACAGAUGUAGAGCUGCCUCAGACCACGCGCACACCAAAAUGUCGUAGGAAAUGUAAACUCACACCUUUGAAUUGCAUAUUAAAACUGUAUUCGUUAAGAAAAGAUUGUAGAUUACAAUAUCUAAAACUGGUAAUUUCGUCAUAAUUAAAAUACUCAAUUGUAAAAACUCCUUUUUCCUGUUGUCUGUAGGGGCCAUGCUUCGCCCUUCUUCCAACAGCUUCACUGCUUCCUCCAUGACAAACCUCGAGGCAUACUUAUUGGGCGGGGCAGUCAUAUGCAGCUUAUGAGACAACGCCCCCCCAGAGCAGGUACACUGAAUUGCAGCCAACAGCACAAUA